UUCAAACCUAGUUGCGUUACUGUUCUCGACAUGGAUGACAGAUAAUUAUUGAAGUAUCGUCUGCAUUGCACAUCAAGCAGAAUUAAUUGCACUUGCUGAUUUAGCAGGAAUUACUACGACUCCUGGUGUUUUUCGGAUCGCAAUAGAACUUUUGGCGAUGGAAAUAUCACCGGAAGACAUUUAUGUUCUUCUGAAACAGAUCUGUCCAAGAACGCCUUCUGAAGAGACAUUUAAUAUUUUGGAUGCACAACCUGAAGAGGAUGAAAAAUCUGAAAAAUCUUGAUGGUUACCUUCUUUUUUGGUAGAUCUUAUAACAUUUUUAAAUGGUUUCAAGUGUACUUAAUCAUAAUAUUAAUAUAAAUAUAAUAAAAUGUUAUUAAAUCAUUUUUACAUAAGAAAUUUCGUUAAAAUUGUUUCUGGAUACUAUCUCUACUCUAAAUAAUAUUAUUUCUACUUCUUGAAGAUUACAAAUUGAAAAUACUUUCAUCUAAGAUAUAAACUUUAUGAACAUAUAAACAAUAUCAUAUUAUGUGAGGUCAUCCUGGAUCGUAACUUCAGCAUAUAUAUAUAUAUAUAUAUAUAUAUAUGAUUAAUUAGAUACUAUGAUUAAUUAGAAAUUUCGAUAGUUAUUAACGAUUUUGUCUAUUAUAAACCUAGGAUAUAAGUUUUCAAAAAGUCAAGCAAUUUUAUCAUACAUAUAGAUGUGUAUUUUUGGUGUAUUUGGAAAUAUUUUAUAUAAUUUUUCAAUAUGAGUAGUUUUGUAGUUCUACGUCCUUACAAACGAAGAGAUCAACCAUUUUGCAAAAUAUUACUUAAAAAUAGCAUAAUGGGAAUUAUGAACAGAACAUUCUUUAGGCUUUUGUUUACAGACAUUACUUUAAUUGCAACAAUUAUUGUUAUUUUAACUAUGUUUCUGUUAGCAGGGAUACCUGUUCAUUUCUAUGUUAUAGGUAUACUUACGAAGCUGAUUGUAGUAUACAUUAUAACAUAUAUAAACUUUUGGAUUGAUGCUGAAAAGGCUCAAAAAGAAGUUUUCACGGAUUUACAUGUCAGAUAAUUCUUCUCAUUUUUGGGUAGCGGAAUUAUAUGAAGAUUAUUCAUUAAAUCGUCAAGAAAGAGAUCAGCGAUAUAAAUUCAUGUGACACAGGAAAAAUUUAAUCAAUCUAAUAUUAAUGUAUCUAAAUAUUAAAAAAAUUAUUGGUACUAUUGGAUUGUGUAAAAGUAAUAGAUUACAAAAUUUUGGUUAGAUAAAAAGAUUAUGUGUUCUUGAAGACUAUAGAAGGAAAGGCAUAGGAAUGAAUCUCGUGAAUGUAGCUCUGGAAUAUGGCAGUCUACAAAGAUAUAGAUGUAUUAAUGUGAUCAUUUCAGUACAUAGAAAAGCGGCUAGAGAACUAUUUAUUAAAAAAAAUUUUGAAAUCUUUUUGUAUCAUAAAAAACUUUUUCAUAGAACAUCAGUUAUACUAUCAUUUAUUGAAUUAGCAUAUCGAUUGAGAUAUAUUAGUAAUGAUAAUGAAUUCUUUGCUACAGAUAUAAUUUAUGCACAGACACUUUGAAACAAUUGAAAUAUGAUCGUAUUCUUAAAUAAUUAAAUCAAAUGUAUAAGUAGUAUUUCUAGAUUUAUUUUUUCUAUUUUCUUAUUUAUUAUAAAAAAAUAUAUAUAUAUAUAUAUAAUAAACAAAUAGAAAUAUUUUUUACUUCUUCAUAGCAUGCCAGUAUGUUUCAAUUUCUUUGUUUUCCCAAUGUUUAUAUUUGAUCUGAUUUAGAUAUCUGAAAUAAUUUAUUAAUAGAUAGUUAAUUGUUCUCUCUUCUUUGAAAAAGAUCAUUUAUCGUAGUAAUUAUCACUUACUUCUCUUGAAUUAUUUUUAAUAUUGCUUUUUCCUUUUCUGUAAUGCCAUUUCUUAAUACGUUGAAAUUCAUUCUUAAUUGUUGAAUAUUUUGAAUACCAAUUAAGUUUGUAGUUAUAUCUUCGCACUGCAUAGCAUACCAUACAGCUAAUUUGCUUAUUUCUACAUCAUUAUCCUAAUUAAAGAUAAUAUCAAUAAUAUUUUUUUAUUCAUAAAUAUGUAUUUAUAAUUUUUGCUUAAUUUUAUCUGAUCAAAAUAGGUAAUAAUAACCUUGCAAUAUUGUGCAACAUCACUACAAAUCUUUUUCAUUUCUUUACUAGCAGGAUGCCAAUCUGGAGGACCAUUAUUUGUUAAAAGACCCAUAGCAACGUGAAUGUAUAUCAAUGCACGUUGGUCAAGCAGGAGUGCAAAUGGGAAAUUCAUGUUGGGAAUUAUAUUGUCUCGAACAUGGAAUUCAACCAGACGGUACCAUGCCUUCCGAUAAAGUUACCGGGACGAAUGAUUGUUUUAAUACUUUUUUCAAUGAAACAAGUUCUGGUAAAAUGGUUCCAAGAGCUGUAAUGGUUGACCUUGAACCAACCGUCGUUGACGAAGUCCGCAUUGGUCUUUACAAACAUUUGUAUCAUCCAGAACAACUUAUCACUGGGAAGGAAGAUGCAGCAAAUAAUUAUGCUCGAGGUCACUAUUCUAUUGGUAGAGAAGUUAUCGAAUCCGUAAUGGAUCGAGUUAGAAGAUUGACGGAUCAAUGUACAGGAUUGCAAGGUUUUUUUGUAUUUCAUUCUUUCGGAGGAGGUACAGGAUCCGGUUUUACCUCUUUACUCAUGCAAAAGCUCUCGGACGAUUAUGGGAAAAAAAGUAAAUUAGAAUUCGCUGUAUACCCCGCGCCUCAAGUUUCUACUGCUGUUGUAGAACCCUAUAAUGCAAUCUUAACAACACAUACAACGAUUAGCCAUUCAGAUUGCGCAUUUAUGGUCGACAACGAAGCUAUUUAUGAUAUUUGUCGACGCAAAUUAGGAAUAGAAAGACCGUCUUAUGCAAAUUUAAAUAGACUCAUUAGCCAAGUUGUAUCUUCCAUAACGGCAUCCUUAAGAUUCGAUGGAGCAUUGAAUGUAGAUCUGACUGAAUUUCAAACAAAUUUAGUACCCUAUCCGAGAAUACAUUUUCCUCUUGCUACUUAUGCACCCGUAGUAUCUGUUGAUAAAGCUUUUCACGAAGGAAUGACCGUCGCUGAAAUUACAUCUGAAUGUUUCGAAGCUACCAAUCAAAUGGUGAAAUGUGAUCCACGUGAAGGAAAAUACAUGGCAUGUUGUCUCUUAUAUCGCGGCGAUGUCGUGCCAAAAGAUGUUAAUGCUGCGAUUGCUGCAAUGAAAGGGAAAAGUUGCAUACGUUUUGUCGAUUGGUGUCCAACUGGUUUUAAAGUUGGUAUUAAUUAUCAACCACCAACUGUAGUACCUGGUGGAGACUUGGCUAAGGUUCAACGUGCAGUAUCCAUGUUAUCUAAUACUACAGCUAUUGAAGAAGCUUGGGCUAAAUUAAAUCAUAAAUUUGAUCUAAUGUAUAACAAACGAGCUUUCGUUCAUUGGUACGUAGGAGAAGGUAUGGAAGAAGGAGAAUUUGCUGAAGCUCGAGAAGAUCUUGCGGCACUCGAACGAGAUUACGAAGAAGUUGCUCUUGAAUCACCUUCAACUCCCGAUGCAUCAUUAGAAUAUUGAUCUGAUUUUUUGAUCAAUAUCAUAUAUACUAUAUAUCUAAUCAUUGAUAUUUCUAAACAUACAAAAUCAAAUUAUUAUAUCGAAAAUAUUUGAACUCGAAUCAACUAUUGACAUAGCAUAAAAACCAAGCUAACAAAUUUUUUUCUAUUU